AUGGGGAAUCUCCUCAUCAUCGCCGUUAUCACGUACGACCGGCAUCUCCACACCCCUAUGUACUUGUUCCUCAAGAACCUUUCCUUCAUAGAUCUCUGCUACAUCUCUGUCACUGUCCCUAAAUCCAUCCUCAAUGGAUUGACUGGCAGUGUGUCCAUCUCUCUCCUGGGGUGUGUUCUGCAGGUGUAUUGGGUUACUUUCCUUGCAUGUGCUGAGCUGCUCUUACUCACAGCCAUGUCCUACGAUCGCUAUAUUGCCAUCUGCUGUCCUUUGCACUAUGACAGCAUCAUAAACCGAGGGGCAAGUGUGAAGAUGGUGGCCGUGUCCUGGCUUGGUGGAAGCUUCAAUGGCUUCGUUCACACAACAGCAACUUGUACUCUCCCCUUCUGUGGGUUCAAUGUGAUCCACCAGUUCUUCUGUGAAAUCCCCCAACUCCUAAAACUCUCCAGCUCUAGAAGGAAUGUGCCCGAAUUGGCAGUCACGAUGGUCUCUGCAGUUUUUGUUCUUCUUAGUUUUAUAGCCGUCAUCAUCUCUUACGUUCACAUCUUCUCUGCCGUGAUGAAGAUCUCAUCUGCAGAGGGUCAGUCCAAAGCCUUCUCUACCUGCCUGCCCCAUCUCGUCGUUUUCACCACUUUUCUGAUCACUUGUGUCUUUGAGUAUUUAAAGCCAACAUCAGAUUCUCCCUCCAUCCUGGAUGUGCUGCUGUCUGUGUUUUAUAUUGUGAAUCUGGUAGGCUUUUCAGAUUUCAAAUUAGUCCGCAUUUCACGGGAUUGGUCAGUUGGUCAGUCAGUCCUAAAGCAGCUCCUCGUGACCAUAAGGAAAAGAAGUUCCAAGAAGCCUCUGAUGUAA